CAGUGACAGCAGUGCAGAUUUGUGUUUAUCUCUGUGUUUAUGACACUCUGGUGCAGAAAUUUAAUGACAGGCAGCUUGUUCUUCUCAACGAAACAGAUAUUUACCACGUAACCCGCCCUUGGAGGAACAUAUGAUCAAGGUUUGAAGGACCUGCGGAGAAAAUGAGUCGAAGCCGGAACCCUCCGCAGAAGGGCCAGGGGGCCGCCAAGGCCAAACAGAUGGGACUGCUGCUGGAUUUGGCUCCUGACGGCGGGCUGGAUGACUCUGGAGGAAAUGAUGAGGAGCUGGAGGUGGAGCUUCUGGCAUUGAUGGGAGGAGGAGGGAGGAGCGGACCAGCAGGCAAAAGACCUGGAGGAAAAGCUCCGGUGCCCAUGGAGGACAUUGAACGGAUGGCAGCGCUUUGUAUGAAAGACCUGGACGAGGAAGGAGAUGACGAUGGUGAUUUGGAGAACGACGCUGAUCUCUUGGCCGAAUUGAAUGAGGUUCUGGAAGACGAUGAGGAGCAAGUGGUCAGGAAACCUCCUCCGUCACCGGUGCCUCCUCAACGCUCGAAUGCAGUGCCCGCAUCCCAGAAUGCACCUGACAGCCUGGAGGCUCGCCUGCAAGAGCGCUUGGACAUGUACCAAACGGCCAUUACCAACGCCAAGGCCGUGGGGGAGACCAGCAAAGCACGGCGAUACGACCGCGGACUGAAGACUCUACAGUCUAUGCUGACGUCAGUUAAAAAGGGGAAGCCCAUCAAUGAAGAUGAGAUUCCUCCUCCUGUGGCCACUGGUGGAAAACCCUCCGCUGCUCCGCAGGCUGAGCCAAUCACAGAGCAAGAAAAACCUGCUCCAGCAAACACGCCACCGCAGACGGCCAACGUCAAGCCAGUUGCUCCAUCCAAACCUCAGCUGCUACAGCCUCCGUCACAGAGAGCGAUGGCCGUGACGCCAGAUACACCAGCCAUAUCACCCCUGACACCCGGCCAGCCCAGCGCUCAGCACUCAGAGCUCAAAGCGAGUAUAUUAAGCAGACAGAGAGAGUAUAAGCUGGCAGCCUUAAAGGCCAAACAGAGCGGAAACACUGAACAAGCCAAACAACUCUACCAAGUGUCCAAGAGAUUAGACUCAGUGGUGGAGAGUGUUGACAGAGGGGAGAUUGUGGACAUCAGCUCACUGCCGCCCCCUCCUGGAGAGGUUGAAGUGCCCCGCUCUAACCCUCCCCAGCUGUCCUCUAAACCAGCCGCCCCUCCUGCUGCCCCCACUGCUGCCCCAGACACAGCUCUCUCUGCUCCCCGGAGCGUCGCCGAGGCCUUACAGCAGCGCAUGGACAAAUACAGAGAAGCGGCUGAGAGCGCCAAGAGCAAAGGAGAUGACCGCAAAGCUCGCAUGCACCAGCGCAUAAUCAAGCAAUAUCAAGACGCCAUUAAAGCUCAUAAAGCUGGACGGCCUGUGAAUUUGGCAGACCUUCCUGUUCCACCAGGUUGUCCUCCGCUGCAGGGCACUGAGGGCGGCGAACAGAAUUUUAUGGGUGUCCUGGAGACAGCCAUGAAGCUGGCCAAUCAGGACGCAGAUGCCGACGCAGACGAAGAACCACAGAAGCCAUCAGCUCAGCCUGCCGUUCAGAAAUCCAGAGCUCCCGCUCCUCCGAAAUCCUCGUCGGCUGCAGGGACGCCCACCGGCUCCACCAACGCCUCCAAACUAGGAGGGAAAGCCCAGCAGCAGCUGAAUUUCCUGACGAUGCGCAGGCAGCAGUUCGUGAAGGCUGCGCUGCGCUCUAAAGAGAUGAAGGACAUGCAGGGAGCCACUCAGCACUUGAGACACGCCAAAGGCCUCGAGCCCAUGAUCUCUGCCGCCAAGGCCGGACUUCCUGUUGACAUCACCAAGGUGCCGGCCGCUCCGGUCAGUGAGGACGACUACAGACUGUCUCAUUCACGCUCGUCUGCCCUCUCUCCGCACUCAUCUGAGCAGUACACACAACUGAUGGUGCAGCUCAAACAGCAGCAUGAGAAAUGCCUGGUGUACUCGCAGCAAUUCACUCAUAUGGGGAAUGUAGCAGAAACUGCCAGGUUUGAGAAGCUGGCUGAGGAAUGCAUGAGUAAUAUUGAAGUGCUGAAGAAAGCUCACGCUAAAGGAAGAUCAGUUCCCAAAUACCACACAGAGGAGCGCACCUUCAACACCGUCAAGAUCAAUCCUAACCUGACGUCUAAUGACAUGGUGCUGACCGUGGUGAAAGGAAUCAACCUGCCCACUCCUCCAGGAGUUUCAGCCAACGAUCUGGAUGCGAGUGUGCGCUUUGAGUUCCCGUUCCCCAGCGCGGAAGAAGCUCAGAGAGACAAAACCAGCACUGUGAGAAACACCAACUCUCCAGAGUUUAAGGAGCAGUUCAAGCUGAACAUCAAGCGAGAUCACAGAGGCUUUAAGAGAGUGGUACAGGCCAAAGGCAUCAAGCUUGAGGUCGUACACAAAGGCGGUCUCUUCAAGACAGAUAAAGUGGUGGGAAGUGCUCAGCUGAAGCUAGAAGCUCUUGAGAACCAGUGUGAGAUCAGAGAGAUCAUUGACGUGUUGGACGGGCGUAAGGCGACAGGAGGGAAGCUGGAGGUGCGAGUGAAGAUCCGCGAGCCGCUGUCUGGAGUUCAGCUGCAGCCGGUGACAGAGAAGUGGCUCGUCAUCGACCCACUCACACCUUCACCGGAGAAGGACCGAGAGCGGGAGAAAAGCAGGGAAAAGGAACGGGCUCCUUCUCCAAGAUCCAAACCCAGGAACGAUCACGACAGGAACUCUAAACCAAGCUCGCCUCCUCCGCAGUAUAAGCUGCACAGCUUCAGUCUGCUUCACCACGACAAAGAGAGACUGGAGUGGAAGAUCAACGAUUAUAAGAAGAACAGACGAGACCCGUCGGAGCUGAUCAAGCAGCACAUGGACGUCUGUCAGCGACUGCAGUGGCAGAAAUCAUACCUGGAGAAACAUCCGGCAGCACUGACAGAAUAUGAAAAUGUGCUGCGGAAGUUUGUUCACGGUCUGUCAGAUUCAGUCAAAAUGUUUUCCAGCCAAGGCAACAGGGAUGCAGCGAAAGACGCCCUCGGCCGACUGAAGAUGGUGGAGAACGAGUUUGAGUCGGUCAGGAAAAAACGGGCCGUCAGAGAGUGAAGAAACGCACUGUCUGCUGGAAAACUCUUCACACUUCUGAAAUCAUGAGAAUAGAAAUGAAUCUUGACAGAUAUAAAGGAGCUGCAGAGGGAAACGCAACAAAAACACUACACACAAACACACACACAUCCAAUUAAGCACCUUUUGCAUUGCUGCACUUCAUUACUCUGCGGUCUAGACCGUCAAAACAAUCCUCAAUUUGUCUUUUGUAAGGAGAGCCGUCUGAAUGUUUCGAGUGAGAUCAAACUCCUCUCACCUAAUGCAAAAAAAAAAAACCCCAUCAAACACUAAAGGGGGAAUCUCACAAAACCCAUCAAUUUAUUUAUUUAGCCCCCAAAAAGAGAGAGAUUAGAAAUUUUAGUUUUUAAUGUUUAGUUUAAUUUUAGUUUUAAUGACAAUUAAAAAUACACACAUUCUUAAUGUUUAUAUAAAUUAUAUAUUUAUAUAUAAAUACAUAAUAAAAAUAAAUAUUAAGAAUAAGUGGAUAUGUAUGUAUGUAUGUAUGUGUAUAUAUGUGUGUAUAUAUAUAUAUAUAUAUAUAUAUAUAUAUAUAUACACUUUUUGUGAAAUAUGACAUUAAUUUGUGAGAUUUCCCCAUGUAAUGCUUUGUGUGUGUGUAUAUAUAUAUAUAUAUAUAUAUAUAUAUAUAUAUAUAUAUAUAUAAAACAUAAACAAAAUGACGGUUAUCAGGGAACAGGAUUACAGUCGGUCAUUCAUUCCCUCUGACAGUUUCAUGCAUGUAUCUAGCACUACAAAAGCGAAAUGGUUCUUUUUAUUUUAACCCAGUUUUUGUCUCUUUUGUCUUCCAUCUCCUCCUAUCUGACAUGGCUCAGCCUAACCUCUCUUUCACAUAUAAAUGCUGUUAAUCUGCAGUCUUUACAGUAAUCUGUGUCCUCCAGUAUUCUCAGAUUAGGAUAAUGCCGCUGCAUGGCCGUGAUAUGGGAAUAAUCUCAGCACUCCAGGGAAGAUGUUCAAGUGUGUGUGAGUGUGUUAGAUGGAGGAGAUGUGGAUAAUAUCCCAUAAUCGUGGAUUAUCCGCACCCCGAUGCUUCGGGAGACAGGGUUGUGAGAGGAAAUGAAACGGGGCUCAUUGUGCGGGUGUUUCGGGUGGAGGACGGAGGACGGUGUCCAUGUGUGCCUGUGUGUGCCUUGGGUCUGUUUGGCUUGAUAAGAUGGAACGAGAGGUUAUGUAUCCGGGUGAUAAUGUGUGUGUUUGUGAUGUUGUGGUGUUGGAGAUGUGGUCAUUCAUAUGCUGAGAUCAGCAUGUUUUUAGGGAAGCUGUCACCUCUUUUUUUUUUUUUUUCCCAGUUGUCUGUUUCAGAGUCAAAGGGCAUCAACUUUAACCCCUGGCUGACACAGUCCGAACCCCUUGUUGUUUGUGUAGAGCAGAUCCACAUGUCCCAGUGUGUGUGCGUGUGCUACAGUCAAUCAUUAUAUCAACUGUUUGUUUGUUUGGUUGUUUUUUUUUAAAGAGCCAGACAUAAAGCUGCCGCGUUUCCAUGACAACCUCUUUAUUCGGCACGCCGUCGUCUUUUAGGAUGCUGUCUGAACCCAAUUACCCUUCAUGAUCCCCGUUCACUCCAGCGUGUACAGAUCAGGUUCAUUACAGUCUCCAUAUACUGAAGGCAAUCACUGCUAAUGUAUUAAUGUAUGUACUGAUGUUCUGACGAUGGGUCUAUUUUUUAAAAGCUGCAUUAAUUUGUUAAUGUGUCUACGGUGAAGGAUAUGAUAAUGUCUAAUGUAAUAAUUAAAAAGGAAAGUUGACCUAAAAA